AUGUUGGGCUUUUGUAUUUUAUGUUGUUGGGCCUCUGGCUCCUUUAUUUUUCCCAUGUGGUCUUUGAGUUGUAUUAGACAUAUCUCAAAUGACAGCACCCAGUUUCCGCCAACUUUUCUUUUUGGAACUGCAACCUCUGCUUAUCAGAUUGAGGGUGCCUACUUAGAAGGUAACAAAAGCCUCAAUAAUUGGGAUGUGUUUUCUCAUCUGCCAGGAAAAAUCAAAGAUGGAGGCAAUGGAGAUGUUGCUGAUGAUCAUUACCACCGCUACAUGGAAGAUGUGGAGUUAAUGCAUUCCCUUGGAGUAAAUGCUUAUCGAUUUUCCAUUUCAUGGUCGAGAAUUCAACCAAAUGGUAGAUUUGGGGAAGUCAAUCCUGUGGGUAUCCAAUUCUACAACAACCUAAUAAAUGCCCUCUUAUUAAAAGGGAUACAACCAUUUGUAACAUUGCACCAUGUUGAUUUACCUCAAGAAUUAGAAGAUCGUUAUGGCUCAUGGUUGAGUGCAGAAAUACAGCAAGAUUUUGGAUACUUUGCGGAAGUAUGUUUCAAAGCUUUUGGUGAUAGAGUGAAAUAUUGGGCAACAAUGAAUGAGCCAAACCUCGUGGUAAAACUUGGGUAUAUCACUGGUGAUCUCCCACCCAAUCAUUGCACCAAACCUUCCAAAAAUGGUUGUCAAUAUGGGAACCCAGCACGCGAACCCUAUGUUGCUGCACACAACAUGAUAUUAUCACAUGCCAUUGCUGUAGAUAUCUAUAGGAGAAAAUAUCAGGUUAAGCAAGGAGGUAUGAUUGGGAUCGUUCUACAUGCAACGUGGUAUGAACCACUUAGAGAUACUCCAGCAGAUCGCUCAGCAGCUGAACGGGCUAUUGAUUUCUUCCAUGCAUGGAUUUUGGAUCCCAUAAUGUUUGGUGAUUAUCCUACUGAAAUGCAUGAAUAUUUGGGUCCACUGUUACCAACAUUUUCUUUACAAGAGAAGGAGAAGUUAAUGAACAAAUUAGACUUUAUUGGAGUAAAUCAUUAUACAACUCUGUACGCACAAGAUUGUUUAUACUCUCAAUGCAACUCGGUGACUUCACAAGUGGACGCAUUUGUGAACCCUACAGGAGUAAGAGAUGGUCGUCCUAUAGGAGAUCUGAUGGCAAUGCCAGACUUCUAUGUGGUUCCUUACGGUAUGGAGAAGAUGGUCAUGUACUUCAAAGAAAGAUAUAACAACACUCCAAUUUUCAUCACUGAAAAUGGAUAUUGUGAUGCAAGCAAUCCCAAUGCUCCUGAGGAAGACUUUCUCAAUGACAUAAAGAGAGUAGAAUAUCUAAGAAGCUAUAUGGCUUCCCUAACUAUGGCUAUGAGAAAUGGUGCUGAUGUGAGGGGCUACUUCAUAUGGUCUUUAUUUGACAACUUUGAAUGGACGAAUGGAUAUUCUUUACGAUUUGGGAUUCAUUAUGUAGACUACAAGACAUUGGAGAGAACACCAAAAUUAUCUGCAAAAUGGUACAAAGAAUUUCUUGACGGAGGGAAUACAAUGAAACAGACCAGCAGUGAUUUAACUUGCAAGAGGAUAGAGAUAAAGUCUUGGAAGGAGGUUCGUGGUAUGUUCAGCGUAAGCAUCUUGUUCUUCGCUCUUGGAGCAAAAGAGGCAUUAAGUGCUAUUGGGAGUGUUAUUGAGCAUCCAAUUUCUUCAGAUGUGAGGACCAAGACAUUAGAGAGAUUAUCUUUUGUAAGGUUGUGUGUUGAAGUUAAUGCUUCUGAAGAACUACCUUUUGUUGCAGCUAUUAAGGAUGAAGAAGGACACAUUUUUAAUCAAGAAAUUAGAUAUGAUUGGAAGCCUCCUAGAUGUAAUGUCUGCAAUGUUUUUGGCCAUUCAGUGGAACAUUGUGGUGGAGCUCCAGUGGUUCAACAAAAUUGGAAAACAAAACUAGUUUGGAGAAAGAAGGAAGAUGGUGGAGAGCCUACAUUGUCGGCUGAGAAUGGUGGACCUUCUUUGCAUAAGAAUAGUGACUUGAGCAAGGAAUCUGGCCCUACAAUUGUCCAGAGUUCAAAUUCAAGGUUGUCCGAAGAGGUGCCAAUUUCAAUUUCAAAAGAGUCCUUGGCUGAGGAUGAGGAGGAUGAGAUUUAUGAAGAAGAAGUUUUGGAAGGUCAGUAUAUUGCUAAGGUGGAUUCAGGUUUCUACUUAGUUUACUCAAAUGUGUUGGCGAUUAAGGUGGAGAAUAUUUUGGUGUGCAAUAAGGAUAUCUCGCUAGCAAAUAGGGGGGAGGAUUUGGAAGAAGGUGAGUUGAAAAUUAUUCCAUAUAUUAAUGGCGUAAAUAAUGGGGAAUUGAUGGGGAGAUUUUCAAAUGAGGAGGAAUUUCCUCAUCAAGAUACGUUGGUUCCCUCUUUGGAGAAAAAUACGGAGUUUGAUGGAGAAAAAUUAGGGAAUAAAGCGCAAGAUUUGAAUUUGGAGGACAAAGUUAGUAUGAAUUCAAAUUUAAAUGAAGAAGUGUCUGAGGUCAUGGAAUGCACCAAGGGACGAGCUAUUAUCUCCAAUUUGAACCUUAUCCAGGAUUCUCUUAACACCGAAGGUCGGCUGGAAGAUGAGGUGGCAAAGUCAACAUACUUUAUUAAGCAAAAGAGGGGUCACUCAGCUAAGGAAAUCUCUUAG